UUGAUUUCGUCAGUAUACAAUCUAAGACUGUAGCGUUUGUCUAUAUAUACUACUAAUAAUGCCUUUCUUUACUUCUCAUCUUAAAUUCCCAGUUAUACUUUGAAUCCUGUAAGGCCAGCCAACAUGGGGUUUACACCACCGUGCCUCUCUCAAUCUCUCUUUUUCAUUCUGUUUCUCUUCCAUUUCCACUCAACAAUUUCAUCUCCACUCUCCUCGAAUUACCAAUCUCUUUCUCUCCUUCAAUUCAAACAAUCCUUCUCCAUUGAUAGUUCUGCUUCAUCAGAGUACUGUCAAUAUCCCUUGCCAAAAACAGAGUCAUGGAAAGAGGGUACAGACUGCUGCUUGUGGGAUGGGGUCACUUGUGACCUGAAAACCGGGCAUGUCACUGGACUGGACCUCUCUUGCAGCAUGCUUUACGGCACCCUCCUUCCCAAUAAUUCUCUCUUCUCUCUCCAUCAUCUUCAACAGCUCGACCUCUCUUUCAAUGAUUUCAACACCUCCCAUAUUUCUUCUCGAUUUGGCCAGUUCUCCAAUCUAACACAUCUUAACCUAAGUGGUUCAGAUCUUGCAGGCCAAGUUCCGUCAGAAAUCUCUCACCUCUCCAAAAUGGUUUCACUUGAUCUCUCUUGGAACUACGAUCUAAGUCUAGAACCACUUUGUUUUGACAAGCUUGUUCGAAACCUAACCAAGCUUAGAGAACUCCAUCUGAGUUGGGUAAACAUGUCACUAGUUGUUCCUGAUUCCUUGAUGAAUCUGUCUUCUUCUCUGUCAUCACUUGAAGUCCUCGACUGUGGAUUGCAAGGAAAACUCCCAUCCUCAAUGGGGAAAUUUAAGCACCUCCAGUACUUGGAUCUUGGAGGGAACAAUCUUACUAGUCCAAUUCCAUAUGAUUUUGAGCAACUCACUGAGUUGGUUUCACUUGAUCUCUCUGGAAACGGCUAUCUAAGUCUAGAACCAAUUUCCUUUGACAAGCUUGUUCGAAACCUAACCAAGCUUAGAGAACUCGAUCUGAGUUCGGUAGACAUGUCACUACUUGUUCCCGAUUCCUUGAUGAAUCUGUCUUCUUCUCUGUCAUCACUCAAACUCAUUGACUGUAGAUUGCAAGGAAAACUCCCAUCCUUAAUGGGGAAAUUUAAGCACCUCCAGUACUUGCGUCUUCGAGGGAACAAUCUUACUGGUUCAAUUCCAUGUGAUUUUGAGCAACUCAUAGAGUUGGUUUCACUUGAUCUCUCUGAAAACUUCUAUCUAAGUCCAGAACCAAUUUGUUUUGACAAGCUUGUUCGAAACUUAACCAAGCUUAGAGAACUCAAUUUGGCUUCUGUAAAUAUGUCUUUGGUUGCACCUAAUUCCUUGACCAAUCUGUCCUCUUCUUUGUCAUCUCUCUCCCUCGGUAAGUGUGGAUUGCAGGGGAAAUUCCCGGGUAACAUCUUUCUCCUCCCAAACCUUGAAUUUCUCUAUUUGUCAAACAACGAAGGCCUUACUGGCUCUUUUCCUUCGUCCAAUUUGAGUAAUGUCCUCUUUCUGUUGGGUCUUUCUAAUACAAGAAUUUCAGUUUAUUUAGAAAACGACUUAAUCAGUAAUCUAAAGUCAUUAGAAUAUAUGUCUCUUCGUAAUUGUAACAUUAUAAGGUCAGAUCUGGCUCUGCUUGGUAAUCUCACACAGCUCACCUAUUUAGAUCUCUCAAGUAACAAUUUUAUAGGUGAGAUCCCAUCAUCAAUUGGAAACAAUACCUUUUCAAAUUUAAAAUAUCUAUUAUUAUUUGAUAACUUGUUCAAUGGAACAAUACCAUCCUUUUUGUUUGCUCUUCCCUCUUUACAAUUUCUUAACCUUCAUAACAAUAAUCUCAUAGGCAAUAUAAGUGAAUUCCAACACCAUUCAUUGGUAAACCUUGAUUUGAGCAGUAACCACUUGCAUGGUACAAUCCCAAGUUCAAUUUUCAAACAAGAGAACUUGGAAGCCCUCAUUCUUGUGUCCAAUAGUAAAUUGACAGGUGAGAUUUCUUCUUCUAUUUGCAAGCUGAGAUCCCUUGAGGUCCUAGACUUGUCCGACAACAGCUUGAGUGGUUCUAUACCAUUAUGUUUGGGGAACUUCAGCAGCAAGCUCUCAGUAUUGUUAGAAUUAUGAGAUUCUGCCUUGAGUAAGAUAGAGUUAAGUGCAGUUAUGUUAUUUGAAUUUUAUGUAAUCGUUUUUCUUCUUCAGGAUUUGCAGCAGGAACUUUCUGCUAAGUUUGUUAUUUCAAUUCCAAUAAUCUCUCAAGUUUGUUGAGAGUUUCAAUCCAUUACAAGUUCUAUGUAAGUCUAUAUAUAGACAUUUGAAAUUAAUGAUAUUAUUGAUCUUUCUACUCAA